GCGACGAGGCGAAGAAGAAACGCGCUGCCGACGCGCGAAAGAGGUCUUUGGCGGCGGCGGCGAAAGCGAAAAAGGCGGAGGCAGAGAAGAAACUCGCAGAGGCCAAGAUGACAGAGGAGCAGGAGGCAGAGGCAAAGAAGGCAGAGCACGUGGCCAAGCUGCGCAGGAAGUCCGCGGCGAAGAGAGAGGAGGAAGCGAUGAAGGCGAAGGAGAAAGAGGCGCGGGAUGCCGCAGAGGCAGUUGCCAAGGAAGCUGCGGAGACGCGUCUGACUGAACUCACGCUGAAAGAGGAGCGCGAGGGAGAGCUGGCCCCCUUCGAGUACGACGAGAUGGUGGCGAUUCUCGAGGACAAGUGGCAGCCGCCACAGAACGGCGGGGGAGGCGCCUGCGCCGCGGACGAGGUAGCCGAGUCGGACCUCCAGGGCGAGACCAAGGGCAAGGGCGCAGGAAGCAAGGGAGGCAAGUUCGAGAGCAAGACCGGCGGCAAGGGUGGGCUCGCCGGAGAUGACACGGAGGGCAAGAAGGGCGGCGCCAAGGGGAGCAAGGGCGGCGGCGACGCUGCGACGGGCAAAGGCGGCGGCGGGGGCAAGGGCGAGGCCGCCGGCAGCGCGAAGGGCAAGGCCGCCAGCAAGACGACCAGCAAGGGCGACGGUGGAAGCAGGGGCACGGGCAAGGGACAGUCGAAGGGCAAGUCGGGCAAGAGCGCCGCCGCAGUGAAGAGCACCCUCGACGAGCAGGCGACCGCCGCGCAUGGGAAAAUGGCGGUCGACAUCUGGGACAUGGACGCCUGCACAUUCGAGGACAUCACUCGGGCGCAGUUUCGGCCCCAGGGGCGCCGGUCCUGGGCUGUGGUCGGCGUUCUGGACGGAACGACGGGGCGCAAGGAGUUCGCUGGCGCGCGCGAGGGCUGGCGACUGAUGUGCAAGCUGCGCGACGAGCACGACCAGGUGAUCUGCAUCGUAGCUUUCACGGAGAGCAUCCUUUGGGUCGAGCAGCAAGCGGCCACGUUCAAAGACGAGAUCGUCCGCAUCGGGCCGCUGAAUCGGAAGGAGAAUUCCUUCACCGGAAGGAUGGACUUGCACUUCAUCGACCAGACGCAGAUCGUGGCCACCAGCGAGCUGACCAACCCGAUCAAGCGGUUCCCUGCCCUCUGCAGCGGGCGGCCGUCGCAGACGCUGUGGGAGUCCGAGAACUACGCGCGCAUCAAAGCCGAGAUCGUGCAGGUGACCGACACGGACGUCGACCUGUGGGUCGAGGGCGACACCGAGGCCGCCAGGUUCCAGGUCUACGGGCUGCACCCGACGCUCACCGAGGCCAGCGUUGGCGACGCCGUCUGGGUUGAGGUGUACCCGCAAUCAGGCGGCGGACAGAAGAUCUCCGAGAACAGCAUCGUCCGCUUUGCCCCG